AUGGAAGCUCAACAUAUUAUUCAGUUAAAAAAUCCCUCCUUGUUCCUGUUCCCCAAAAGCUCUUUUUCCACAACUGUCAAAUCACCAGCACGCUUGAGCCGUAGAUUCCGCCAUGUAUUAUUAGCUUCCCACCCCUCUGCCGCAGCCCCUAAGCGGGAGAAAGAUGCAAAAAAACGGGUCGUCAUUACAGGUAUGGGUCUCGUCUCUGUGUUUGGAAAUGAUGUUGACACAUACUACGAUCGUCUCGUAGCUGGGGAAAGCGGAAUCAGUUUAAUAGAUAAAUUUGACGCAUCAAAAUUCCCAACACGAUUCGGUGGACAGAUUCGUGGAUUUAAGUCAAAUGGUUAUAUCGAUGCAAAAAACGACUCUAGACUUGAUGAUUCUCAACGCUAUUGCCUUGUUGCUGGGAAAAAAGCUCUUGAAGAUGCUGGUCUUGGAAGCCACGAACUCCUCAAGAUAGAUAGGGAACGUGCUGGCGUUCUUGUUGGAUCAGGAGGUGGAGGCGUUUCAGUAUUUUCUGAUGCUGUGAGGUGUCUCACAGAGAGAGGUUAUAGGAAGAUUACACCAUUUUUCGCUCCUUAUAGUCUAACAAACAUGGCCUCAGCUGUUCUUGCUAUGCAUCUUGGAUUUAUGGGACCAAACUACAACGUCUCAGCUGCUUGUGCCACAGCCAACGCUAGCUUUUGUGCUGCUGCUAAUCAUAUUCGUUUAGGGAAUGCUGAUUUGAUGAUUUCUGGUGGGGUCGAUGCUGGCCUUAUUCCAGUGGAAUUGGGAGGCUUUGUUGCGUGUAAAGCAUUGUCUCGAAGAAACCAUGAUCCCCAGACUGCUUGUAGACCAUGGGAUAAAGAAAGAGAUGGGUUCGUUUUGAGCGAAGGUGCUGGUGUUUUGGUGAUGGAAAGUUUAGAGCAUGCAAUGAAAAGGGGUGCACCAAUACUUGCUGAAUUCUUGGGAGGUGCCGUAAAUUGUGAUGCUUAUCAUGUAACCAAUCCGAGACCUGAUGGAUUCUCGGUUUCAUCUUGCAUUCAAAGAAGCCUUGUAGAUGCUGGUGUAUCGACAGAGGAGGUGAAUUACAUCAAUGCUCAUGCAACCUCAACUAUCAUUGGGGAUCUGGCUGAGGUAAAUGCUCUAAAGAAGGUGUUUAAGAACACUAAAGGGAUCAAAAUGAACGCAACCAAGUCUAUGAUUGGACAUAGUAUGGGAGCAGCUGGAGGUUUGGAAGCCAUUGCUACAAUAAAAGCGAUUCAAACAGGAUGGUUGCAUCCCACCAUUAAUCAAUUUAACCCAGAACCUGCAGUUGAAUUCGAUACUGUUGCAAAUCGAAAGCAACAACAUGAAAUCAACGUUGCCAUCUCAAAUUCGUUUGGUUUUGGAGGACAAAACUCAGUAAUAGCAUUUUCUGCAUUUAAACCGUGA